AUGAACUACUACGACGAAGAGAUCACAAUCACCGGACCGGACAGCAAGCACUUGAGCAGCGUCAAGGUAGACCAAUUGUCCGGCCAACGAGGACAGCGACCUGCACGCCAACGUAAUAUGCUGCAGAGCCAAUCCACAGACGACGACGGUCUGCUGCAGGACAUUAUUGAUCACGACGACGAGGCAGAGGACAGUGAGGACGAUGAGGAAGAUGACAGUGAACUGCAUUUGGUGAUGCCCAUGAGCCAAGCACCACGCCCACAAACGCGACCGGGCAGCUCGCGAAAUGCUAAACCAGCGUCUGGGGCGACAGCAGCAACAGCCCCAAACAUAGACGAUGACGAGGAGGGGCUCAAUUAUUCCAGUGAUGAGGCAGCGGCCAUGGGAGCAGCGACCGCAUCGCUGCCACAUCAAAAGCUGCCGCAGCCACAGCAGCAGAAGCGCAACAGCGCCCAUCGGGAUGUACAGUUGAGUUUGACGCCCGAUAAGUGGGAACAGCUGACACUGCAGCCGGAGCUGAAGGAACUCUUUCCCUAUAUACUGAAGUACACGCCGCAGAACAUUGAGACGCCCUGCCACCUGCAGCCCUUCAUACCCGAAUUUGUGCCCGCCGUGGGCGAUGUGGAUGCAUUUCUCAAGGUUGUGGCGCCACCGUUGCUGCAGCCACAGCGGCAGAAAGAGCUCGACGAGCACUUGAAACGCAUGGGUCUCUGUCUGCUCGACGAGCCGUCGGGCGCCCAGAGCGAGCCCAGCCUGUUGAACAUGAAGCUGCGUUCGGUGUUGAGCGGCAGCCGCGGACGGAAUGCCCGCCAUGCCAGUUCGGCGUCACUCGUGCCCACGGCCCGUUCGCCCAAGGAUAUUGAUAAGUGGAUCGGGGAGGUGGAGCAGGUGCAUAUGACACAGUCCAUGUUCGAUGCCCAGCCACGCAAGGAUAUCGAUCCACUGCUUGAGGAUUGGCCGCGGGCGUACGGCGAACCCGACACUGCGAGUGCUGUCGAGCAGGCCUACCGCUCCUGUCUGCAGGACCAAAUGUCGCUGGCCGAGUAUGUGCGUCUGCUGAGCGAACGCUUCAACAUCGAAGGCACUCUGGACACACAGGCCGACUACAUACACAAUGUUCAUACUCUUUUCGCUUUGUAUUUGGCCGCCAGUCAGGCGUGGGAAUAG